AUGGCUGGCAAGCCAAGCUAUACAAGGAAACAAAUUGAAUUUGUUCUCAUUCAUAUUCUCGACAAAGUAGCCCUGCAUAGGAUCAUCGAGGCCUUUAAGGAGACAUUUAGCCAGGAUGUGACUAUUGGGCAGAUUAAAUAUUUAAAGAGCAAGUACGGCAAAGAUCCAGACUAUGGGUCGCCUCUUCUUGAAGGACGUGUGAGGAUAGUGGAAGAAAUGGCUACCUUGCGCACCCCAGCAGAUGCAAUUUUUCCUUAUCAACCAUGCCAACAUUCGGGGUUGUCUCAGACGGCAAGCGAAGAGCAGAAGCAGACAGGAAAUGUACCAUGGAAUCCCUGUAAUGGUCUUCCAACCCCUCGUGCACCUGCUGAAAACUUCUUCCUCACGAAUCACCAAAAUACCAUCACGGAGCAAACAGGCAGAAUGGCGUGUGCUGAUGGUUAUUACCCUGCUCGGCAGCCAUCACACCCUCUUCAUGCUAACUCAGCUAUGGGACAUGGCCCGUAUUGGACCAACAACUUGCCACAAGAACCUUCCGAGCCUUACAAAAUCCUAAGACAGUUUCCACCAAGGAUCAGAGAUACAGAAGAUACCAACUCUUCUGACUAUCAUCUUUGGGCGUCGAGAGAUGACCAACUGCAGCAAGUUGGGGUCACUUCGCCAGUGUCUCCGCCUUCAAAUGCCUCUGAUGUACCUGACGGGCUCAUGUCAAAUGUCGAGCAUUGGAACGCCCAACAGAGCCCCUAUCAAUCGUCGCAACACGGAUAUGGCGACCAAUUUGUACAAGGGCACAGUUGCUUAUUAUCCGACAACUCGCUGUCGUACGCCUCACGCUCUAUGGCCGGACCGGAAAUCUCGUGGGAUCCCGUCGGAAGACCUCAGCAGGGACAGACUACGACUAACGGUCAGCUCAACAAAACCCAAGACAGCUAUCAACCAGUCGCCUCUGAGCAGCCACCUUCGAACAACCCACGACUGGACGGUCUGCAAGAUGAUCCAUGGCCUGGUCUUCCGUCAGGGGCUCAAUCUCAAUAUUCAAUGUGGCCCGCACCGCAGGGCUCUGAGAAUCUACCACCUCCACCUUACUCUGAAGUAAUCGAUAUGCCUCUAACAAUGCCCGACGAAACCAGCAAUGGCAUUGACCAGGGUGACAAUACCUUUGAAGAAACCACCGGAUACAGGAGCCACGAAGCGUCAACCACGGACACGGAUGUCGACCAGCAGCCAAGCUACAACAGCGAUGCUCUAGAGCUGGUUCACCCCACUCACGACCACGCAGAGGCACGGGGUGUCGGGGAGGGCUGGAGUUUCUUUGACGAGGCGGUGGCGUUCACCAAUUCGCGGACGGGGAGCAUGGGUGAGCAUGGCAACCUCGACGAGGCCGAUACGCUUCUCGCGGCGGCUUUUACAGAAUCUGAAAUGGCUGGCACAUACAUGAAUUGA